UGGAAGGAAGAUUAGAUAGCUCGAGUGAGAAUGUUAUAAAAGCCAUGGCUUCGUCGUAUUUUUAGAAUUUUGGAUAUAAUUUCGAAAAUAAUUGUAGAUACUGAGUGUUCUAAUUCAAGUUGAAACUGGACUGAAAUGGGGCUGUUUUGUUUCCCUCAUUCGGUCGCACUAUGUUUCUUGGUUCUAUUUGCGGAUAAAAUAUUGAUGGUGUUGAGUGACUCAGCUUACUGUGGCGUCCUAGGAAACUUGUCGGGAGUAGUUUGCAUAACAGAAACAAAGUUCAUACUCCAGCAAAACAGCUAUGAUGUGUUUGAUUGCCCAGAAGGACAUUGGUGUGCGAAUCAUCCAGAAAUUUGCGUGAGCAAUGGCGAGCCUGCUUGCAAGUUGAUCAGAGCUUGCAGAGAAUGUUUCCAAAAUUCAACCAGCGCUUGUUACAGCGAAAAAACGUAUGCCCUCUGCAAUAAUGGCCAACUAGAUACACGUAUAAUGUACUGUCCAGCUUCGAAACCAUAUUGCAGUAUGCGCUACGACGAUGAUGGAAUAAUCUCUGCCGUUUGCACCAACAGAAUACAGCAAAUCGCUUGUGAUGGCAGUGCAACCACGACUCCCAAACCGGACCAGUGCCCCUCGUUUGGAAAGUUCCCAAACACAGCCGAUACCACCUGUAGAAGGUACUUUUAUUGUUAUUCAGAUCGAGACCAAGGAGGAAACUACAUCAUUAGCAGAGUCGAGUUCAUGUGCCCUUCUACAACUGUGUAUGAUCCUUCGAAGGGCAAAUGUGUGCCAGAUGCCAUCUACAAAUGUGAGAAUGUAGAGGAAAUUAUUUAAUUGAAAAGCGACUGUGAAUAGGUUUUUUUUCAAUUGAGUAGCUUUAGUUUUAGUGAAAUUCAUAUUAUUCGGAAUAAAGUAGUGUAAAAAUGC